ACUGCGUUAGCGCUCAGCGUCGAGGCUCUUCAGCUGGUUAGCCAAACAUCCACAGAAAAAGAGAUGAGCAGGAAAACGAGACGAAGAAAAACGAGAACAAUUUAUUCCCAGCUAGAAAAAUAGCGACGUAAAGAAAAUCUAAUUAGGUGCCGCAACACACAGUAUUCUUUGCACCCAGGGGCUAAAAUUUACCUGGAGUUUUAUAGGACCAAGCAGCUGUGCGAUACAUUAUCAGCCUCUGUGGGACAAAGGACAAGUACAAAGGUCCACUAAUUAUUGGGACACAUGAUCUGAAGCCAUCAGUUUACACCUAUGGCAGUAAAUCAAACAGCACAAGUAUUCUGUCAGAUGUAAGAAAGGGGAAGCUCUAAACUCCCUCUGUUUUAUUUGUCUGUUGUCAUGGUGGAUUGUUAUGUGUGAGCCUGAAGCUAGCUUAGCUUCCCAGCUUCAUAUAGCAUGUUAGCAUAUGGCUAGCUACGUGUGGUGACAGAUUGAGCUAUUAUCUUUCUCCCCUCCAUCACCAUCUCUGGCCCCUACAAGGGGGUAUAAAGUCACUGCAAGGAAUCCCCCCUCACCCCAUCAUCUUUUCAUUUUAUUUUUCAUUCAGCCAUCAUCCACCAUCCCACCGAAAGCUCAUCGUUCCAGAUCAUUGUUUCAUCUUUGACUCUCAUCACCGUUGUAUUCUGCUGUUUAGCUCAGUCAAAUUACAAUCUCCUCCUCCAUGAGAUCAUCUUCUGUUUGAAUUCAUCCCACAUCCAUCCCAGUUCCUCCUAAUCUUCCACCCCUCAGUCCUUUCCCUCUUUAAAGUCAAAGAGUGCGAUUCUCUGUCGACCGCCCCGACGUCUGUUAGGCCGCUAGGCAGUUGUUUUGGUGGUUGUUUUGGUUGCAUGGAAUCGGCUUAACCGUGGAGAGGCCAGGCUACCACAAACUGAUGGACUUUGACAAGCGAGGAGUAGGAGGCGGAGGGGGCGGGGGAGGAGGCGGUGGAGGUGGAGGAAAGGGGGAGGCAGAGGAGGGGAAGAGGAUGUCUGGGAAGACGGGGAGCCGCUCGGGGCACGGCGGCCGGGGCGCCGGAUCCAACUCCGGGGUGCUGAUGGUCGGACCAAACUUCCGCGUCGGAAAGAAGAUCGGCUGUGGGAACUUUGGAGAGCUGCGACUUGGCAAGAACCUGUACACCAAUGAAUACGUGGCCAUCAAACUGGAACCAAUCAAGUCACGAGCGCCACAACUCCACCUAGAAUAUCGAUUCUACAAACAGCUGGGAAGUUCAGAGGGCGUACCACAGGUGUUUUACUUCGGACCUUGUGGUAAAUACAAUGCUAUGGUUCUGGAGCUUCUGGGACCGAGCUUAGAAGAUCUAUUUGACCUCUGCGACAGGACUUUCUCCCUAAAGACUGUACUCAUGAUAGCCAUACAACUGAUAACUCGCAUGGAGUUCGUCCACACCAGAAGCCUGAUCUACAGAGACGUGAAGCCUGAGAACUUCCUGGUUGGCCGGCCCGGCUCCAAGCGGCAGCACACCAUCCACAUCAUAGACUUUGGCCUGGCGAAAGAAUACAUCGACCCGGAGACGAAGAAACACAUCCCGUACAGAGAACACAAGAGUCUGACUGGAACCGCUAGAUACAUGAGCAUCAACACACAUCUGGGCAAAGAGCAAAGUAGGCGGGACGACCUGGAGGCUCUUGGCCACAUGUUCAUGUACUUCCUGCGAGGAAGCUUGCCCUGGCAGGGGCUCAAGGCCGACACGCUGAAAGAACGUUACCAGAAGAUUGGAGACACAAAGAGAGACACACCGAUAGAGGUUCUCUGUGAGAACUUCCCAGAAGAGAUGGCCACCUACCUGCGGUACGUGCGUCGGCUGGACUUCUUCGAGAAGCCGGACUACGACUAUCUGAGGAAACUCUUCACGGACCUCUUUGACAGAAACGGAUACAUCUUUGAUUAUCAGUACGAUUGGACCGGGAAGCCGCUGCCGACUCCUAUUGGUCCGGUGGCCAGUGAGACUCCACUUCAGACGAGCAACCGAGAGAAAGCGCCGCAGACCAAAAACCAGUCUCCAGAGGGCAAAGGCAGUGAGUCCCAGCCGACUCCAGUGACCAAUCGAGAGCUGCUGGGCUCCCAUCUCACUGCUGAUAGGCUGGGCGGGUCUGUCCAGGUGAUGAGUUCAACCAAUGGGGAGCUGAAUACAGACGACCCCACAGCAGGACACUCCAACGCACCAAUCACAGCCAACGCAGAGGUUGAAGUGGCUGAUGAUACCAAGUGCUGCUGUUUCUUCAAGAGGAGGAAGAGGAAAGCUCUCCAGAGACACAAAUGAAAACCAGAGACGAGAGAGAAACCCCCGCUCUCUUCUUCGCCAUCUUCUCCUGCCUUUCUCUCUCUUUGUCUAGCCCUUUUCAUAUAACCCUGUCUCACCCUCCUCCUCCUCCUCCUCCUCCUGCGGUCCGCCUCGGCUCGGCUGGACCUCCAGGCAGCAGUUUGCUGAUCUGAUCUCCUCUGGAUUCAACAGACAGACGGUGUUUGGAGUUUGGGCUGGACGUAGCAGCCGUGGACCUUCAUGUAUUUAUGGUCACAGACUGAACUGAAACCAGAUCAACACAAACCGCUCUGAGAAACAUGUGACCACCGAUGAACAGCUGACGGACUGUGAGCAGCGAGCUGAUUGGCUGACGGGCUGUGAGCAGCGAGCUGAUUGGCUGACGGACUGUGAGCAGCGAGCUGAUUGGCUGACGGGCUGUGAGCAGCGAGCUGAUUGGCUGACGGGCUGUGAGCAGCGAGCUGAUUGGCCGACAGACUGGCUAGUUCUCUAUUUUUUUGUUUUUUGUUGUUUUUUUUCUUCCUUACUGACUGGUUCAGAGGAGACAGAAGUGUAUUUCAGAGGAGAUACAGAAGAGAGGACUACAAAAGCAAGGGAUGCAACGACACUCUCGGACCACAUGUGCACACAAAACAGACACACACACACACACACACACACACGUACAAACACGCUGCACACUUUCCUUGAUUUCAUCAUAAAGAGACUUCAUGGACAAAGAGAUGCAGCUCUCUCACAUAGUCUAUAAAGUUUUUAUUCCCUGGGGUCAGACUAAGUACACAGUGAGCGGCUUGGUCUAUUUCCUGCAGUAGACGCGGCUCGGUGUAUUUCUCCUUCACCCUCAGAGGAAAACCUCACAACCACCAGAAUCAAAAGUUUAAAGAGAUGUUUAUGUAAAAUCUAUGCUUUUUUUCCCCCCGUUUUAAUUUGUAACUCAAAGACUGUGUUCUAUUUUGAACCUGUGUUUUUCCGUCUAUUUUGAGUUGUUCAGAAAGUUUGUGUUUUGUAGAUUCUAGUGUGUUCCUCCAAAUGUAAUUUUUUUUAAAUAACUUUUUAAUUUUCUGUUUUUUUCCCCUCUUUCUCUCUGGGUUGGAGGAUGGAAAGUCAGAUAACACCAUUAAAAAAACAACCAAACAAAA